CUUUUCCCAUAAUGCAACAGUCAACAAAGGAAGAGGGAGAGGAACGGGCUGUAGCCAAAGUGGCUAGCUAGCACAAAAAAAGAGGAAGAAAGAAAUGGAGAUGUCAUGAAAAAUUAAAGGAAUGUUUCACUCAUCAAACUGGCAAAUACAGAUGAGGAGAAAACAGCCUCGGCUCUUUACAUGCAUGAGAUGAUGACAGACCAUGAGCAGUGGGUGUUAAUGUAGUAAAGCAGCUCUUGUUCGGGUGAGGGAGCUGUUGCUGGAUUAGCUUAGCAGCUAGCAGUCUAUUAUUAGCACGCUAAUGCUAAAUGCAACCCUCGUCGUCAGAUUUACGGACACGUUCGACCCAGCUCCAUCUUUCUGAAGCGAGAGAGGGGGAUUCAACUCUGUUUAAAGUGAGUCAGACUUGGAGUCUAUGCAGCUGUCACAUGAAGGAACGACUCGGACCAGAAGACUCGAGAGAUGACGAAGACUUUGGCUUUCACAUGAUUGACGUUCCCAAGUCACAUGGCCGGACUCUGCGGUUAGCAUUCAUCGGUCAGCAAAUAGGACCGUCCCAUGCCCUCACCUGGGGUGUACAAGGAUGAAGAAGAUCAGUCUGAAGACGAUCAGAAAGUCACUGAACAUAAAGGGCAAAGAAGAUGGGGAUUUUGUCAUGCUUCAGCAGCCAUCUUUAGCGGCUGAGUUCACCAAGGAUGACUCUCUCUUUGGAGGCUGUUACACCAAAGGGCUGGUAGGUUGCGAUCUUAAUGGGGAGGAUGAGAAGGGUCAUAAGAACCGAUCGAAGAGCGAGAGUCUUAUGGGCACACUAAAGAGGAGACUGUCUACCAAACAGAAAGCGAAAGUCAAAGGAGGGUCCGCCGCAGUAGGCUCUGGAGAUGAUGAUGAUACUUUCUCUUCCUCGUCGGUCCCGAUAAGCUUUAAUGAAGUCAAAGCCCAGCGGCCCUUAAGAUCCUCAUCCCUCCGAAGCCAUCAUUACAGCCCUUCUCCGUGGCCUUUCCGGCCUGUCAGCUCCGAGGAGGCUUGCAUCAAGAUGGAAGUAAAGGUCAAAGCUAUGGUCCACUCCCCCAACCCCAGUCCCUCCCUCAAUGGCAUCAGAAAAGAGUUCCAUGACAUCCAACUAGAAGGUCUGUUCCAGGAUCAGAGCGAGUCUCUGAAGGACAUGGAGACUCAAAGUGGCAACUUGCAUUUGAACAUUGAGGAUCACGUGCCUAUUGGACUUACACCUCAGGACUACAUCCAGUACACAAUGCCUUUAGAUGAGGGAAUGUACCCAGAUUCGUCCCAGUCCUUCUGCUUGGAUGGCCCCUCGCCAAUGGAAGUGGUUGAUCAGGUUGGAUCUGAUUCGCUGCACGUGGACCAGGGCCCGGAUGACCACGAUCUCAUGCCGCCGGACAUUCUCAUGGAGCAGGCAGUGAACGGACACCUUCCCGGUACUCCGGCGAUGGUCCUUUCCAAUUCCAGAGCUGACACACCUUUAUUUUCUCCCUCACUAUCACCUCUUUCCACCAACGAUAUUCCAAGGACCCUCUCCGGGUUCAGUGGUGCAGACUCUCAUGUUGUCGAGAGAGUAAGGCAUCACCUGAACUUUGACCCCAAUUCCGCUCCCGGUGUUAGCAGGGUGUACGAUUCUUUCCAAACCAGCGGACCUAUGGUUGUAACAAGCCUUACGGAGGAACUUAAAAAACUGGCCAAGCAGGGUUGGUACUGGGGACCUAUAACACGAUGGGAGGCAGAGGAGAAGCUCAUCAACCUUCCAGAUGGUUCUUUUUUGGUGAGGGACAGUUCAGACGAUCGCUAUCUCCUCAGCUUGAGCUUUCGGUCACAGGGAAAGACGCUUCACACCAGGAUCGAACACUCAAAUGGCAGAUUUAGCUUUUACGAGCAGCCUGACAUAGAAGGUCACACUUCCAUCGUAGAUCUCAUCGAGCACUCUAUAAAAGACUCAGAAAAUGGCGCGUUCUGUUACUCCAGAUCCCGCCUGCCGGGGUCCGCCACGUACCCAGUUCGGUUGACCAAUCCCGUCUCGCGGUUCAUGCAAGUCCGUUCGCUGCAAUAUCUUUGCCGCUUCGUCAUCCGACAGUACACACGGAUAGAUCUGAUUCAGAAACUGCCUUUACCAAACAAAAUGAAAGAUUAUUUGCAGGAGAAGCACUACUGAGCGGACUGUAGUGGGACAUGGUAGUAAAUUGCACUUUUUGUUGAGUGACGCAUUCUUAAAACAGUUUACAAAUAUGGAGGUCAAGCGAUCAGUUGCGUAAGCUGACUAUCCGAUCUUCCCACAGAAAUGAACAGUAAAUUUGUUGUUGCUCAGAUUCAGUGUUUUACAUUUCGCAAGGCUGUUCAGAGUCACGUGGUAAGUCCAAAAACCAGUCAGGAUUUUUGAUACUUUUGAUCAUAUUCGUAUUGAUUAUAUGAAUAUGUAUUGCAGUAAUAAUGCUAAUACUAUUAUCAAAGCUUGGAUUUGAGGAUUGGAUGUUGCAUUAAUCUGCUUCAUUCAUCGAUGACUUGCUGAAGUGUAAAGGUGCGGUCACAUUGGCUGGUAAAAAAAGGUUCAUUAUCUAUUGUCAGUAGUGUAGCGAUAUAUGAAGCACAGCUUGCGCAGAAGUUACUUUCAAACCAAGAUGGUUUUUUUUUUUUUUUUUUUUAUCGACGCUGUGAAUCCAUUGCGAAAUCAGUCUGGGGAAAGCUCUCGCCUUCUUACGAAAUUCCCAAUCGUGUGGAUUCCUAGUAAAAUGACUGGAUUUCAAUAAUAACAAUAAUAAAUGUGAUCGCACCUUUACAAGGAAUUUGCAUUUUUUCUGGAAACAUGAUGUCAACCACGUUUUUGUCAGGUUUUGAUAUUUUUUUCUUCUAAAAUCGGUACUUUUAAUGAAACUUGCGAAUAUGCUGGACGACAGUUAUCAUGUCAAAUGCGACAAGUAUCAGCAGACAACUUUUGUAAGAGAAUAAGUAUUUAUUUAGCAUUAAUAUUCUACAUUUAUUAGAGGUUAACAGUAAAUCAUUUAUUCGUCCAUUAGACUUCUGCAGAUCUGUGCAACAACAAAUUCAGUCAGUCAGGUAUGAGAAGGCCAUAAAGGAAGGACUGUGAAUCACAUCUAAAUCAAAUGUUAUAAAAGAAUACAUGCAGAAUGCCACGAAUCUGUGAUCCUUUACAAAAAGGGAGCAGGUAAAGAACAAAAGAGGUUUAGUUUUUUUAUUUAUAUUGUAUAGUGUGGUUCACCCAGUAUUCUGUUCUGUCUAAAUCAUUUUUGGCUCAUGUACAUUAAGUAAACAUGUAUUUUGGUUCACAAACCUCUUGCUUUUUUUGUUUAAACAUUUCAAGUAUUUCAUAUUCAAGUGCUGGAAUGAUUGCCAUCAGUUGUCGUUGUUGUUGAAGCUCUGGUUAAGAGAGGAAAAUAAUGCCAGGAAUUGUUCGUGACAACCUACCAAACCUAAAAGCACAGUUUUAUAGAGACAUUUCACCUUAAAUGGCUUGUUUAUACUUGAACCAUAAGCAAACUUUCAAUUAAUCUGCAAAUAUCCCAAAGGAAUUAUGCAUUCAUAAGUUCUUGAUUGAAUAUGGGAGAUUUUUUUUCCCCCUUGCUGAACGACAGCAGGCUUUCCUCACCCUCUGCCCUCCAUAAUAGCAGCAUGUCAGCCUGUCAAUAUUUCAUAAACUCUGCUUCAAGCCAAAAAUGUUGCAUUUAGAGAAUUCAUACACUGUUGUGCAUUGUUUUGCCCACACCACCUAUCUUCUUUCUAGUCACCUGAAAGGGAAUUUUGUGUUGCUUAUCUUUUCUUUAAUGAGGGCUUCAGAUUUUCAGUCAGUGGAAGCUCAUAUUUUGUGAGAGUUAGUGGUUUAUGUGCAUUACUUAAAUGAUGCUGGGAUAAAUUUGACGUGAAAUGGUUUUGCAUGUACGCUGUCCUCAUACAAGUCGGCACCGGUUGGCUUUAGACUACGUUGGGAUAAUCAGCAAAUGGGAGCUUAUAAAUGUCUCUUUAGCUGGCAUAUUGAAUGUGUGUGAAUCAGAGCCAGAACUUUCUAUUUGCGGUUUUCACACCACACAUGGUCUAAGGCUUUUAAGGGCCUUUUUAAAAAAAGUGCCAACUGGCGUUCACAGAAACUGGUGAACAAUGCCGCGCAAAGUAUUCGUGAGACACCUUCGGGAGACUUUGAAGGUUAGCUGUCAAAUAAACACAGUUUGCCAUCUUUAAUGUUCAUUAGUGAAAACAUAACCCGUAGAGUUCAUUCCUUCAGUGAAAAAUGUGUUUUACGUAAUGCGUAUGAGGGAACAGUUUGAGAUGGAAAUUGCUCCUUUACACACAUGGAAGCUAAUUUUAAAUGCUGUAUCUGUGUGUGUUUUGGUAAAGAAUAUGAUCUUUGUUUAUUUGCUGUAUUUGAAUGGGAAAAACUGCCAUUUUCCCGUUAAAUGAAGGGUUUUCUGCAAAUCUGUUGUUGGAUGUAAGAAGAAUCAUCUAAAUUGUGUGUGUUUGAGAGUGAAAGAAUGUGGAUGAGUAAGCAACAAAAAGAGGAAUGUCUUAGGCAAGGCACAAGAUUUUCAAUUCGUUGAAAAUGCAUUUACCAGAAUGUGGAAGUUGAUUAAUGCAAAAAAUAAAUGUGAACUGAAGUGUUUGACCGAAAUGUACUUUGAAUUUUUGUUUUGUUUAUUUUUUUUCCCAGAUGUGUGGCAUAAUUAGAUAAACACUGAAAAUGUUCAGUGUGUGUGAGCAUGUGUUUUGAAAAAGAAAAAAAGUUGCCGGGACUGUAUCAUGUUCAAUAUCAUUUUCAUGACCUUGUUUGUAUGUCGUUAGAUGUCGCUUGUUCGGAUUGCUGAAGUAUUUUGAACCGAUGACAGUUGAGCACUUAACAAGCUUCACUGAAAUAUCUAUUUUUCUGAUCCAUGUUCUGUUGUCCUUGUGCUGCGAAUGAAGGUGAAUGUUUACAUGAUGUUUUUAGUACAAAUUAGUUUCUCUUUGUUUAUAUCUCUUUCUUAAACAUCUUGGUACAGUUUUACAAAUGUAUUUCUUUAAUGUGUCAUACACAUUUGUGCUGCUUUACGAUUAUGAUUGCCUUUUUAAUUACAAAAUGGAGGAGAUAGAAUGUCACCUAGAUAUAGGCCUAUGUAUUCACAAUGACUUUGGUAUAGUCAUGAGAAAGUCAGAUGCAAAAAUUGUAGUCAACGUUUUUAGUUAGUGAUAAUAAUGCUCUGAAUUCAGUCCUUUUUGUUCAAAAGGGUCUGCUCACUCCAGUUUACAUGGUCAGUUUUCCAAAGUCAGUACUUGUAUGUUGUUAAUUUGAAUUAAUGAAAGUACCAAUAGUGUUUUCUUGCACAUUUGGAUACGGUUAAAACAUUUUUGUAUCUGCUGGUAUAAAUUAUGAAUAAAAAAACCUAUUCAAA